UCUAUCCCUUAUGCGCAUAUGUCAUAUAUGCAUGGAUGAACGAGGUUCUCUUUAUUGCAACUUAUUGUUCACUACUACUGUUGAACAUAAUGGAGUAACUUUACUUUCGAUACCUUCUUAACUAAAUUUUAGCCCAACAUCAGUAGAAGAAAUUUUGUUGUUGAUAAACUAGUGGCGUCAUUGUUGCGGACCAUAAAAUGGCAACUGUCAAAGUUACUGAACAAAAGGUUAUAUUGUGCGGUGAAUAUGGAGUAGGAAAAACUUCAAUAUUUCGACGUUUUGCCAAUAAUACAUUUGUCACAAGUAGUGACAGAAAAUCAACUUUAGGACUUGACAACAUUGACAAAGAAUAUGUUGUUGACGAUAAGCAUAUCCGACUACAAUUAUGGGACACUGGAGGCAUGGAAAGAGUGGCUUCGGUGACGUCUAGUUACUACAAAUUUGCAGAAGCAGCUAUUCUAGUCUUUGCACUUGACAAUUCAACAUCAUUUCAUCUAUUAUCUCAACACUUACUUGACAUUGUUACUUAUGCGGAAAAUGCCAAAAUAUUUUUAUGUGGAAAUAAAAGUGAUGUUGACAAUAAUGGUCCAUUAGUAACUGAUGCUGAAAUGGAUCAGUUUUGUGAACAAUGUCAUAAUUUAAUCUCGGCUACUUAUAAAACAUCUUGUAAAACUGGGGAAGGUAUUCACGAAAUGUUUGAAGACAUAGCACAACACCUUGUUGAAGCUAACAGAUCAAGAAUAGGAUUACAUGAAAUGGAUGAGGACCAUUUUAAAAUAUCGUAUAUAGAUGAAACCGCUGAUUCUACAUGCAUGUGUUAAUAUUUUUUAUGCGAUUGAAAUCGUAAUAAUCUUUUAAUAUCACAGUGGGUGCAAAUUAGAACGCUAACAAAUGACUAAGAUAAUAAGAUAUCUGAUAGAAUAUUUAACCAACGAUCUCUUUUUUACCAAUAAUUAAGAAAAAUAAGACAAAAGAAAAUUUAUCAUGACAUUAAUUGGAUGGUGGAACCAAAACGAACAAAAUGAACAAUAAGCAAACGAGUGACAGGAUUUAAGAAACUUUUUUCCGUAUUAAUAAAUAUAACUAAUAGUCUUUAAUCAAUUAACGAAUUAAUUGAAAAAUUAAUUACAUAAUUGCGCUUAUAAUAAUUGACGUACUUUUUAACAGUGUGAAACAUUGACAGGUGCAGGCUUUUUUUCGAUCAUCGAACGUUCGAAUAAAAUCAAAAUAUCAGUUGAAAAAACAGCCAUUUUGUAAUAAAAUUUUCGCUAUCAAUAUGAGUUAUUAAUUAAAAUAUUACGAGUAGAGAGUACUGAAGCUAAUGUUGAGUCCACUUGAUAGUCUUUAAAUCAAUUCCAUCCUCAAUCAUUUCCCAAAGCGGACUGGAAAGAAUUUAUUUUUUAAAAAAAAAUCAGUUAAUAAUAUUUAUUACCUUUUUUAAGAUAUUAAUAAAUUAAUAUAUAUUACUAAAUCAA